CCUAACACCAAUCUGAAUACCUCACCCCCCCCUCAUACCACGCUCCCAACCGCCACAAUGAAGCUCCUAACCCUCAAUUUCCUCACCUGCGCAAUAAAAACCUGCAAAACGAACGCCUCCUCCUUCCCCCUCCACCCACGGGACGCCGAACUAGAAAUCCAAGAAGCCGACGUCAACCUCCCCUUCCUCAAGAACAUACUCCCGCGGUUAAUGUGGGAGGAACUGCGCACAAUAUGCAAAGAGCUCGGCCUCCCAGACCUCCCCCCAACACCGCCCACACCCACCGAUCUCAUCUCAGGAGGAAACAGCACAGACACUACAGAGGGUCGCACACAAGCCGAGCAGGAGCCGAGCCAGACAGCGAAAGACUUGCACCGCGUACUACUCGAGACGUGCAUACAAGAGGGCAAACUGGUGUGCGGGUGCUGUGGGCAUGAGUACGCCGUGAAAGAGGGGGUUGCGAAUUUUUUGCUGCCGGGGCAUUUGGUGUAAGGAGGUGAGGAGGGAAGGGUGCGAGGACAGAGCGAAGCUUGGUCUGGAGGACUUUGGAGAUUGUGGGGAGGUGCGGAUGACGAGGGAGAAUGGCGAAGAGAUGAUUGGAACUGCGGCGAGGAGAAUGGACGAGCGCUGCUAGGACGCAUACAGUACAUUGAGACUGUUAAGGGUGCUGGAGGGAUUCAGGGUGUUGACGGAGUCAGAAAAGUCAUGAUACCCAUUCACCGGAGUUUAACGGGCAUUUGGCGGCGUUGAUAUGAAUCAAGACCGAAG